UUCUCGUACCGGAUCGAAGCCGUCGUGUGCUGGAUGCUGCUGUCAGCCUUCGCCGUCGUCGUCGUUGUCGUUGUCGCAGCCGUGCAGCAGUGGAAACCUUCUUGCGUGAGUUCAGCGGAGUUUAGCGUGGCGCUGAUUUGGCGCUACUGCAAACUACCGUGAUUAAUCUCGUGAUUCCGAUUGCGUAGUCGGGUUUUCGGAGUACAAACACUAGGCCGCGCGAUUUGUGAAAACGUUUGCUGUAAACAAAGCCUCACCGGGUUUGUAGCGCAUGUUGUCGGGUGAACGCGAGUGAACCAAAAGCGAUGCUCCGGUGCUUUACGGUGUAGCGAGAUAUUGCAAAACAAUCACACCGCAAUUACAACUGCUAAGCGUUCUACAACUACUGAGUGAGUGUGUGUGUGUGUGUUAAUCGAACAGGUUCGGUAUUAAAAGAGCGGCGGUAUUCCGUGCAGUGAUACCCGUUUUGAUAGUUAAAAUAGUCGUGGCAAGUAGAAUGCAUAAACAACCAGCAUCGAUCAAGAGAUGUCAUAUGUCUGACGAGUGCGUGCGAUCGUUGUACGUUCUGGAAGAUUGAUUAAAAUGUCCGAAAGCAGGCAAUGUUGCUGAUGAUGCCGGUCUUCUGCUUCCAGUGUGAAGGUGAUCACUUUACGGAGGAUUGUUAGAGGUUGGCGUGAAGAAACGAUACAACUGCUCGGUUGAAAGACCACGAUCGAUGGAAACAUGUGCAGUGAUAGUCAACUGGUGAAAUGCAAUGCAAUGUGAUUAAAGUGAUUACUGGUAAAGCUGAAAAUUAAGCCAUUCAUUCUAGGAUCGAAAAAAAAUACACACCCACAGAUCGGUACAAGCUGUGCUUCUGUUUAGCGUUACACUAUUUGUGCAAGCAUAAAAAAACAUCCCCAAGAGCAAUACUUUCAUUAUUCAGUAAUAUACUACAUUGGGAACGCGAGUUCAUAAAAAGUUCGGUGAAUGAUUGAGACAGUGAUUGGAGAACGGCGUUCCAGCGGCUUUGCAGUUGCAGGUGAAGAGAAAACCAUGUCACAUUUUCCCUUCCGAGGCUCGCCAUCCGCUCAGAGCACCACACCGACAGUUCCGUCUGCGCCAUCAUCACCACCGACAGCGCCAGUCGCGAUGGCCGUAACGACAGUGCCCCCCAGCGCCCGGAGUGCGUCACCCUGCUCGGCCACCUCCGGCCCACCGACGUCCGGGCCGGGUGGGGCCGCAGGCAGCGGGGGCAGCUCGGGUGGACGCUGUUGCGAUACGGGGCGACCCAUCUUUACCGAUCCCAUCUCCGGCCAGACCGUGUGCUCGUGUCAGUACGAUCUCAUCAGCUACCAGCGGUUAGCGAGCGCCGGCAUUGCCGGCCCGGGGGGUGUACCGCUCUCGAUGUACAGUGCGCCCUACUCGCCGGAAACGAUGGCCGCCUACUUUCCGGCCAUCGGUGCCGAUCAGGCUCCGUUCUAUGCGAAUCCAGCGGCUGCAGGUAUCGAUCUGAAAGAAAACCUUGCCGCUGGUGGCGCUCCGUGGCCUUAUCCUUCCGUCUACCAUCCCUACGAUGCGGCGUUCGGCUAUCCCUUCAACUCGUACGGCAUGGAUCUAAAUGGAGCACGGCGAAAAAAUGCUACACGGGAAACGACGAGCACGCUGAAAGCUUGGCUGAACGAGCACAAAAAGAACCCCUACCCGACCAAAGGCGAGAAGAUCAUGCUGGCGAUCAUCACCAAGAUGACGCUCACGCAGGUAUCCACCUGGUUCGCCAAUGCCCGGAGGCGAUUGAAAAAGGAAAACAAGAUGACCUGGGAACCGCGCAACCGCGUCGAGGACGAUGAUGUCAAUCUGGAUGAUGACGACGACGACAACAAGAGCUUAAAAGACGAUAAGGAAAUACUAGAUUCCAAAGAUUCCGGCACCGGUUCGAGUGAAGAUGGCGAUCGGCCGUCACGGUUAGACAUGCUCGAUCGCCCGGGCGGCAGUGAGUGGAACGGAUCGCGCAAUGGCAGCGGUCCCAACUCGCCCGACAUCUACGACCGGGGUGUCCCCGGUCACCACCACCAUCCGCUCCUGCAUCCCUCCAACUUCCCGCCCCAUCUGAGGCCCGCCAUCUCCACCCCGCCCGACGUCAACCACACCCCCAGUGGCAGCACCAACCCCAGCACAAAACCACGCAUCUGGUCACUGGCCGAUAUGGCCAGCAAGGAGAGCAAAGAUUCCGACUCCUCCUCACCGACGGCCGGCGGGUACCCAUCGCCCGGCAAGAUGCCCGUCACCCCGCUCGCCGGUCGAGGGCUCAAUCCGCUGCACCAUCACCCGUACAUGCGGCCCGACUUCUACCGAAACCUGUACGGGCACCAUCUUGCGCCCGGUUCGCCCGAAGUGUCCCUGCUCGAGUCGUACCAGCGCACGUUCGGAGCCACGAUCGGUGCCCACAACGGUCUGCCGGUGAGCAUCAGCCCACUAAUAACGAAAGCCUCCGGCAGCGGACCUCCGUUCGCACCGCUCAGCCUCACCACCGCCAACCACCACCUCCAUCAGCAGCAGCACUCGCACACGGCACCGCCGCCCGGUGCAUCGCCUGCCUCGAGCACCUCCAGCAAUGGGCCGGAAAACCUGACGCCCACGUCCGUGUCGCUCCCGUCCGGUACGGGACCGAACGAGGUGAAGCUGAUCAACGUGCUGGCCAACAGCGCCAAACCUUGACCGUUGGCGAUCAAGUAAGUGUAAGAGUGCUGAACACAAACCCAUUUACCAAAACCCCCAAACCCCCAAGUACCAACAGCAGGGCAGGGCGACUAACUACCGCUUAGCAUUGAACCAAGUUGUCCAUCUAGAAAAGUAAAACGCCUUUGGAAAACAGAAUUACACGGUUCAGUUAGUGGGUUGCCGAUGCGAAUACGGAAAAAACGAAUACCUACAUACACAGACACACACACACAAAAAACACAAUUUAAUGAAAUUGGACAAUAAAUGAGUGCGAUUGGGCGUCGAUCCAUUCUUGUAAACGGAAGCAAACCAUAGAGAGAGAGAGAAAAAAAAAAGUAAACGAAAGCUCAGCAUGAUAAAUGAACUGCGCGCGGGGAGUGAAGCAAUGUAGGGCGCUUUCCUUUCCGAUUUGGCAGUUGUAAACCGAGAGGUUAGGAACAAAAUGUCUUAGAAAUGUGACCCAGGGUAACAGAAAGUAAACAAACAGACUGUUCUUUUUCUGCUCGGUCAACACAAGCAACAGCAACCACAACAAAAAGUUCAUCGCUCUCCACUACGCCUCAUUGCACGUUCUCUCGUCUUGAUCUCUUGCAAUGAAAGAGGCGGAUUAUUUAAGCAUUCAGGCGCAGAUGAAACAAAUUAAUCAUGCCGUCAUCAGGUUGACGAUUUGUUUUUUUUUAUUUGUAUCGAAUUAAAUUGAACCAUUCGUUCUUUCUUAAGUUGAAUCGAUUUUUCACAAAAUGAUGUUCAAUCAUAGCUAACAGCUCCUUGAAA